AUGGUUACGUGGACAGCAGAGGAACGCGCCGCAAUACAGGGGGUAUUCGCGAAAAUUGACUCUCAGUCAGUGGGCCAAGAAAGCUUGGCGAGAUGUUUGGUCGUCUACCCAUGGACUCAGCGGUAUUUUGGUGGCUUUGGCAACCUGUAUAACGCCAGCGCGAUCAUGGCUAAUCCAAUGGUCGCAGCGCACGGAAUGGUCGUGCUCCAAGGACUGGAGAAAGCUCUCCAGAACAUGGAUGACAUCAAGAAGGCCUACGCUUCCCUCAGCGAGCUUCACUCCGAAAAACUGCACGUCGACCCGGGCAAUUUCCAGCUGUUAGCUGAUUGCCUGACCGUGGUCGUCGCUGCACGCUUGGGGACUGAGUUCACACAAAGCGUCCAAGCUGCGUGGCAGAAGUUCCUGUCUGUUGUUGUGUCAGCUCUAACCAAGCAGUAUUACUAG